AUGUGCAAUGGUGUUUACUUGCACGGCAGCGGAAUCCCUCCUACUCCGCCUUCCUAUUACCGCCCGCCAAGUCUAGAACAGCAAGAGAAGGCACAUCCACUCAACUACGAUGAGGUGCGCCACCGCAUACACUCCGCCAGACUGAUUGGCGAAGAAUCAGCUGAGGCCGCCAGUGUGCCUAUCGUAACGAGUACCGUGCUAGAGAGGGAGAUGGCGCGAUCGUCAAUCAUAAAGCUCGUCUCUGGCCUUGCGCUCGGGCAGUGGUUGACACCAUCCGUCUUUGCGCAGACUCAGACUAUAUCAGAGGAUUACAAUGGGGCUACGACACUGAUAGCAACUACCGUAGCACCUUCAUCAUCGGCGUUGCCAACUUCCUCGCGCGCGCCACAGACGCAUACCAUUACGGCUGGAAAUGGGGGAUUCAGAUUUACUCCACAGGAGAUCUCCAAUGUUUCCAUUGGGGAUACGAUAAACUUUGAAUUUUGGCCGCCUGACCACAGCGUCGCGAGAGCCGACUUUGGUAGCGCUUGUGUGCCAUACGAGUAUACUGGCAAGAAUAGGACGGGGUUCUGGUCAACCACGCAAUGGGUCAAGGAUGCCUCUGAGGUAUGUCAAGGUAAAGCCACACGUCCAGACUUACCGGCUGAUAUCCACGUCAAGAUCACUCACUGGAACCUUUUGAUUAAUAGCACAGAGCCCAUAUUCUUCUACUGCGCAGCACCCAACUCCUGCAUCGGCGAGCACAUGGUCGGCGUCAUCAACCCCAACUCGACGCACACCCUCGCCAAACAAAUCGAGUGGGCAGAGAAUGCAGACUUCCAAGUCGCACCUGGGGAGCCCAUCCCCGCCGAAGCAGGAACCUCGACCACCUUUGCCAACGCCCCGGCCUCUUCUUCGUCGCCCUCGAGCGCGGAAGCACCCACCGACAGCUCCUCCUCGCACAAGCUCUCCGGCGGCGUCAUCGCCGGCAUCGUAGUCGGGGUCGUGGCCUUCAUCGUCGUCUGCGCCGCCCUCUUCUACUUUGUCGGGCGGUCCAAAUCGCUCAAGGAGAACCUCAAGCGCAAAGAUGCAAAUGCCCCUUCCAACAACGCCGAUGCCCACCUGUCCAUGUCGCAGUAUGGAAGCGGCGGGUUGGGUUCUCCGGGCCAUCAUCCUGCUACUGGCUACCCUUCCCCUCCUGGCCCGUAUGGCUCGCCCGGCCAAAACGAGUAUGGAUUUGCGUCGCCGCCCUUGUACGCGCAGCAUGGGGCUGGGGAGCAGUAUCCUGGUGGUUGGGGGACGCCGGCGCAACAGCAACAGGCGCAUUUGAGUAUGAUGAGUGGGAUGAGCCAACAGCAAAUCGACGAAUUGAAAUAUGCAAGUGCAAGGUCGAGUUCGCAGCCUGCGCCUGCCGAGUUGCAAUCUUGGACGCCGGCGCAAGAGGGGUAUUCGGUCGAGUUGGAGGCGAGAGGGGGGCAGGCAAAGUAG